AUGCACAUCCUUGUCGUUAACGACGACGGUCCGCCUUCGUCUCAAUCCUCGCCGUACAUACAUUCCCUUAUCCACACCCUCCAGUCCUCCGGCCAUGUAGUAUCUGUCGUUUUACCGCAUAGGCAGAGAUCAUGGAUUGGCAAAGCUCACCUUGUUGGGGCUACCGUCAAACCGACGUACUUUCACCCAGGGACCCUUUUCCAAGACGACGGCACAAUACACUCGCUACCACGCAGUGAAGAAGGAGAAGGCAGCGAGGGCGACGAGUGGAUUCUCAUUGACUCGACGCCCGCAAGCUGUGUUCAAAUUGGCUUAUUCCACUACUUUCAAGACCGCGGACCGGUAGAGUUAGUGAUUUCUGGACCAAAUUAUGGAAGGAAUUCCACUGCAGUCUUCUCUCUCUCUAGUGGCACCAUCGGCGGAGCGAUGGAGGCUGCAGUUUGUGGAUACAAAGCAAUUGCUCUAUCAUUCGCUUUCAGCUCACGAGAUCAUGACCCAGUCGUUAUAUCAGAAGCCGCGAAUCACUCGGUUCGGUUGAUAGAGCACCUUUACAAGAACUGGACCAGUGGAGUUGACCUCUACAGCAUCAACGUACCCCUAGAACAAGGGAUAAGCAAAUCGAAGAUCUUGUAUACGAAUAUUUUAGACAACCGUUGGUCAGGAAGCUGCUUCGAAGCAAUUGAUGCCGAAUUAAGCGGUGAGGAUCCUGGCCUUCAGGAACAUCUGCUUAGACAAAAGGAAGAAGGGAGUACCCUACAUGGAGAUACCUCUGGCACCUCCUCCACGAGGUUCCAACACAAACACUUUAAGUGGGCUCCGAAAUUUGGAGAUGUCUAUAAGAGUGAGCAGACCAGCCCGCCCGGGAACGACGGCUGGGCCGUCAGGUCUGGUUUUACAAGCGUCACUCCGUUGAAGGCAAAUUUCAUGCAUUGGCCGGGCUGUUCCGGUGAAAUAACGCUGUUGAAUGAGACUCCGAUAUUUUAUGCCCUGGUGGAUUGUCAAGACGCCUAUGUACAACCCCUUGUAAUGGGGGCUCUACAGAAACAGUUCAAGAACAUUCCUUACAGAAUGAUAUCUUCUAUAUCCGAGCUACCCGGCCCCGAUUCCCCAGUCCUCCAAUACAGGGUAUAUGAAAAAUCCGACUUUGAGCAUGUUCACUUGCAUCCAUCGACAUCACUGGUAAAUUCUUAUAUCAUCCGGAAGGCGUUAAUUCGCAAACACUUUCUUUCUAAUACUAUCGCCAAUUGGAUCACGAAAUACCCGGACAGCGUGCUUCAGAAGCAUUUUAAACCUACAAUAGACUUUGAAUUAGACUAUGCGGAAUUUCUAGAUGAUGCCCUGCUUGAGGCUUACGAGCUACGUGAGAGUCUAGAGGCUAAUGAGGAAAAGGAGGAGGGUGAAAAGGAGUGGUGGAUAUUGAAACCGAGCAUGAGUGAUCGUGCUCAAGGGAUCCGUCUCUUCAACAGUGAAAUGUCCCUUCAGAAGAUAUUUGAAGAAUGGGAACCCGAGGACACCGAUUCAGAGAGAAGCAUAAGCGAAGAACCAAAUGGUGAUUUGAAUGACAAACCAGACACUGGCGUUGUUACGUCUCAACUACGACAUUUUGUUGCACAGCCCUAUGUCCUCCGCCCCCUCCUGUUACCGUCAGCCGCAAAUCGAAAGUUCCAUAUCCGAGUUUAUGUCUUGGCUGUUGGCUCCCUGAAAGUCUAUGUGUAUCGAGAAAUGCUUGCUCUCUUCGCAGAUAAAUCAUAUGUUCUUCCAUGGGAAGAGGGAGAAACUGAUGAGGACGAACUCAGCUAUCUUAGUCGUCACCUCACCAAUACCUGUCUUCAAUCCGAUUCUACCGGGCGGAACGUGGCUCCUGAGAAUGUUCAGCGUUUCUGGAAACUAGAUGACAAGGGUGCUUCGGUGGAAACAGGAUGGAAGGAUCGCGUAUACGACCAGAUCUGCGUGGUCACGGGCGAAGUAUUUGAGGCAGCUGCUCGCGGUAUGAUGGUUCAUUUCCAACCGCUACCUAACGCAUUCGAAAUAUUUGGGGUCGACUACCUAGUCGAUGAAACAGGCAACGCAUGGCUACUCGAACUAAACGCCUUUCCCGAUUUUCGGCAGACGGGAGAUGAGCUAAAACGCGAGGUUAUCGGGAAACUGUUUGACGAAGUAGUCGAGAUUGCAGUGAAGCCCUUCUUCUUCCCUGCUACUGAGAAAGGCAAUGCAGCAGACGAGCAGGCUGAAUCCCGAUUCCGAUUGGUGGCCGACCUCAACCUGGGAAUCAAAUAA